ACAAAAGCUAAGAGAUAUGUUGCAUUUUUAAAGAAGUUAUAGUGGAAGGAUAAUCCAGAUGGACAAUGAUUUUGUAUGCAGAAUAUCUGGAUGGAGUUUACAUGAAGCCCAAGGCUCAACAGCUAUUCCAAAGGGAUGCACAAACCAUAGCUCCUGAAGCUCUGGAAAGUGUAAAAGCUGCUCUUGCAAGCAGUGAAAUCGAACACAAAGCAGAGACUAAGAAAAAAGCUAUACCUCGUAAAGCAGCUGGUCAAACAUGGGAGGAUCCUAUUCUUGCAGAGUGGCCCGAAAAUGAUUUCCGGCUAUUUUGUGGUGAUCUUGGAAAUGAGGUGAAUGAUGAUAUUCUCUCGAAAGCAUUCUCACGAUUUCCUUCUUUUAAUAUGGCCAGGGCUAUUGCAAUAUCUGCAGCACUUCAGAAAGAUCUACUGGUGAUUUCUUUACUGCUGUGAUGAAAAUAUAUCACUUCCAUUGCUUAUAAUUAUCGUUUCUCUAUACUUCUUACAUCUGCUUUCUGUAUUUUUAAGCAAAAUAUAUUUUUAAGAAAUGCUCCAUCUGAUCCAAAUUACUUAUGUUAUAUUUCUGAAUAAAAUACAUCAACUUAUUGUCACCCAAAAUUGGUUGCAUUGUUUGAUUUUAUAUAAUGACAGUGUAACAGUAGGACUUGGUAGUACUGUGUAUAUCAUAUGUGACUGAUAACUAUAUUUCCUAAUUUUAAGUGGAUAGAUUUUUUGAGUUUUGUGUUAAGUUAGAUUUCGCAAGUCGAAAAUGGGGAGGAAUGUGUAUCUAGUAUAAUAACAGUUUGUUUAACUUGUAUGAGUAUGCAUGACACUGUUUUGGGUAGUUUCUAUGUUUUUGUAUGCUUUAUCUUGAUUUGAAAGCUAUAUUCGUAAUACAAAAUUUCAAGUGCUUAUUUUUUGUUAUAUUUCUGAAGUCUCUAGUCAAUAUGGGUCAUGAUUUGUAAUCUCUGGAAUGGUAAGUGAGAUCCUUGUACGGUGUGGCGUGAAGCUGUAAUGUCACUGCUACUUUUGUUACUUCCACUUUCCCACAUCAAUUGUAUGAGAAAUUUCGGAUGCAUCUAUACAGAACAAAUUCACUACCAUUGUGCACCAAAUGGGUUAGCACUUAAGGGUUAGCCUAUGGUGGAUUCUCAAACACUUUUGGUACUAGUUUGAUCAGCUACUUGUAGGAAUAUGAUAUGUUAGAAUGUCUUUUUUCUUACAAGUGACGGUUGAAAUUAGUGCAUUGAAACUUGUGGUACUAAUUUGAUCAGUCAC